AUGGCUGAAAUAGUGAUGCGAGAAACGCUCGAUGAUUUUAUGGGUGGUAUUCAAAUUGGUGGUCAAGAAAUAACAAAUCUCCGUUAUGCAGAUGACAUUGUCCUCAUAGCACAAUCUGUGAACAAACUUCAAGAACUAGUAACUAGGUUAGACAAUGUACAAUGCCAGGAAGACGAGCACGUGGAAGACCGAGAAUGGUAUGGAUGGACAACAUCAAAGUAUGGACCGGACUAUCAAUGGCAGAAACGUUGUUGCUGGUGGAAGACAGGAAACAAUGGCGAAGAAUUGUUCACAAUGCGACCAACCUUCGGAACGAAGAUGGUUAAAGAAGAAGAAGAAGAAGAAGAAGACAGGUUGGGCUAG